AUGGAGACCAGGACCGGGUACGAGGACAAUCGGAGUUUGAUAGGGCCAACUAUUGCUGCCUCGGCUAACAAAUGUCUGGAGUCAUUCCAAGAAUGCCUCCAACGAGCUUCCGCUGUCCAUGCCAGGGAGCUGUCAAUGGUGGAGGAUCAAGUUGCAAGGUUCUCUACCUGGGCGACGGCCAUGGGAGUGUUUGCCCCUGAGCGAGCAUCUAUGGACCAUCGCCUCCGCUAUGCGCCCGACGUUCGGGACGUCGUCGAUGGCCUGCUUGAAUCUCUAAGUUACCGCGUCCGAGCAUGUUCGGCAGCACUUGGAUCGAUUGUGGAAAACACGCAAUCCGAGUGCUUGAGUACCCAAAGUGAAGGAUUGAAACAAUCCUUUGCGUACAUCGGGACCGAGAUCAGUCACCUGAACAAGAUUUCCAACACCAUUCGGAAAGCGAGCAAAGAAACUCAUGUUCAGAAAGCGGCUGACUUUCGGAUUGAGGAUGACGACGGCAACGACGUAGAACCCCUGCUCAAGCGUGUUUUUGAGCACAACAUCAGCGACUGCUUUCCCAACGUCAGCCUCAAUAUCAGACGCCGUCUUGUCGAUUCAAUGAUCCUACGCCGGAAACUUAUCCUGUACCGAAGACAUCGCCACGGGACUUCUGCUAUUCGGCCCCAGAAGACUGUUCCCAAGGCUUUUGUUGCGCUGCCGUCUGUUCAGACAAGCCUCUUGGCUAACGAUACGGCGGAACCAGGUAACAAGGCGCCCGUCAGAACCCCAGCUUUUGCAUAUGCGGCUUCCCAGCUUCAGAGCGCCACGACUUUGAACCCUCAAAACUUUACAAAGGCCUCUUCGAGCUUAUCCGUGGUCUCCAAGAGCAAAACCAUUGCGUUGAGCAACCAUGAACCUCUUAUUUUCCCUCCAGCACCCGGUAUCGCUGCCAAACGGAAGUGGGAACAGCUGAGAAGCCGACGAGAAGCCGACCACAAGAAAAGCAUCGAGGCAAGCGGAAUGUCAGUUGACGAUAAGGCAAACGACGAUAUUUCAGACAAUUACGGCCUCGACACCGUAGGCGAGAUCACCUGCCCUUACUGCCUUUACGCUCUCCCAGCCGAAGUCGUGUUUGAUGAGAAGAAAUGGAGAAACCACGUCAAGAACGAAUUAAAGCCAUACGUUUGCCUGUUCGAAGACUGCGACCAAUCUGAUAUUCUCUUCACCCACAGCGAUGAGUGGCGAAGCCAUAUGGACCAACACUGCAGGUUCUGGCGUUGCUCAUCCCAUCGUGGCUUGGGAUCGUUCUCAACCCGUGAAGAGUACAUGGGCCACAUGCGGCAAGACCACAACACAACACUCAGCGAUACCCAACUCCGGGCUCUGGCGAAUCGUAACGCGCGGAAGCUAGCCGACAUCUUCACCAUGUGCCCUCUAUGCGGAAUCAAUAAGAAGACAGCCGGAGGUGAUCUGGGGAGCCACAUCACUGGGCAUCUGAGAUCCUUGGCCAUCAAGUCUCUACCAAGUUACGAAGAGGAGAUACAAUCAGAAGACGAAAACGACGAGCAAUCUUCCGAAAACUCAAGACAACAGAGCAGAAGCACGAUCAAGAACCUAAUGAACGGCAGUGAUGUCCCUGAUUUACCUCUCAUAUGGGUUCAAAACAUCGAAGAGAUGGAAGAAUACGAAUACGAAUACGACGAGAAACAUUUCGCAUCCUCGACACAGCAUAUCAGAAGCACGAACAAGAGCGUUAGGGACGACAGUGGCGUCGAUGAUUUUGCUUUUCUGCUUGAUUAUCCACCCUACGAUUUUAAAACAGCCCAAGACCGACAUGAACUCGGAGCAGAUUUUGAACUAGAUUCACUAACCGCUGAGCCCGGAUACGGAUCUCCGCGUCCCUGGGAAACGGAAUUUCAACUUUUCCCGCCAAGUGAAACCCACUCGGAAAACGAGGAUACGGAGGCUUCCAUCAUUCCAAGUUGGUUGCCCGCCAUUACGGUCACGAGGCCCCGAAGCCCCUUCGAAGAGUUAACUGAAAGUUUCGAAUCCGAGCCGGAAAGCAGAAGACGCAAUCGUCAGAGUGAAGACGUUGGCGUAUCGUCAAUCACGUCCAACCCAAACCCUCCCGCCUCGCGAAACCCAAAGAUACUUUGCACGGAAUGCGAAGCCCUAUUCUCUGACGAGAACACCUAUCAAAAGCAUAUGAAACAACACCACCUUCGUUCUUAA